CCCACUUGUGCCACCCACCUGUGCCCAUCAGUGCCACCCACCUGUGCCCAACAGUGUCCAGCAGUGCCAUCAGUCAGUGCCGCCUAUCAGUGCAGCAUCAUCAGUGCUAGCUCAUCAUUGCUGCCUAUCAGUGCCUCCUAUCAUGCAGCAUCAUCAGUGCUAGCUCAUCAUUGCUGCCUAUCAGUGCCUCCUAUCAGUGCUGCCUAUCCGUGCCACCUCAUCAGUGCUGCCUAUCAGUGCCGCCUAUCAGUUCCUCCUAUCAGUGCCCAUCAUUGCUACCUAUCCAUGCCACCUCAUCAGUGCCCAUCAGUGCUGCCUAUC